AUGGAUGCUGAUUUAGCAGAAAAACUUAAUCAAAGAAUUCGUCGUAUUGAAUCCGUUGAAUCAUCUUCAGAAACAUCAUCAAUUAAUGGAAAUGGAAUGAUCGAUGAUAUUGAUUUAUCAUAUUCAUUAACAAAUUAUGAAUAUCAACGAUCUGAUAUAUUCAAUCCAUAUACGGAAUAUAAUGAAUUUUCACGAAAACAAAUACAAAAUUUAAUGCAAAUAUUUGAUAAAUAUGAUACCGAUAGAGAUAAAUCACUUAAUUUUAAUGAAUUAAAAUUUAUGAUGGAAAAACUUGGUAUUCCACAAACACAUUUAAGUUUAAAAGAAAUGAUUAAACAAGUCGAUGAAGAUCAUGAUGGUAAAAUAUCAUUUCGAGAAUUCUUACUUAUUUUUCGAAAAGCAAUCUCUGAAACUAAUGAAGCAGAAUAUGAAAAAUCAUCUAUUUUAUAUCAACUUUAUGCAAUGCUUUUUGAAAUUGAUGUUUCAAAAGAAGGUGUCGGUGGUGCAAAACAUUUUUUUGAAGCUAAAAUAGCUGCAGUUAAAUAUAGUGACAAAUUUCAACGAGAAAUUCGUGAAGAACAAGAACAACGACGUCAUAUAGAAGAAGAUAAAAUUCGUCGUAAAUUAGCAUUUCAAAAUCGUCUUGCACAAUUUCAAACAACAUAA